AGCCUGGAACCCUGAAUGCUCAUCCUAUCUUCAAACCAGAGGAAAUCAGCCUGUCAAAAAGAUCUUGCCAACUCUUAUGGGGAUUUCAGGCAGAAACUCAUUUCCUGUCUGAACGUGGACAACAGCUGAGGCAAACAGAGUACUUUCCUAAAGGCAAGAGGGGAAGCCAACACAUCCAGUGUUGAUUUUCCAUCUGGCACUUCAUGGAGGCCUGUGUGUACAUAAUUGAGACUCCGCAGACCUAGUAGGCCCCAAGGGAAAGCGAUUACCUCCAUACAGUCCUCAAGCUGAACUGAGCGAAGAGCUUCAUUGUCCACAACUGAGGAAAUGUCCAGAUUAACACAGGUAAACGGCAAUUCCUUUUUUUGUUCCAAAGAGGGCUGUUGUGUCUCCCGAACACCUUCCCCUUCCCCUCUGCCAUGGUGGAUGUGACAAGAUCAGCUGGCUUCCAGAAGGCAAAAUAUUCAGUAAUGUUCAAAGGGAAAAGAUCAUCUCCAAGUUUCUUAAAGAAAGCGUUCUAAAGAGAGUGUUCCGUUCAAAGCAAAUGAGGUGGGAGGGCUCCGGCUACCAGAAUGAGGACCUAAGCGACAACUUUCCUGGCACCAGAAAGAAGGCCGAGUCCGAGGGGGCGCCCGUCAAGCUGUUCGCCCCGCACGCGGAGGGACCCGGGCCUCGGGGCAGCAGCGCCUUCAGGGACGACACCGACGACGACACGUGGGCCUGCGGCGCCAUGGGGAUUUUAAGGAAACAGAGAUGCAAAAUGGGAAGAAGAAAUGGAGAGAACAAUGGCACCACCCCGCGUGCAUCCAGCAUCUCGAAGGAGAACUUGUGUCACUGGAAUUUGGAUUCAGAAAUACCUGCUCCUGAAAAUAAAAAUCUCCCACCUGGAAAGGAUAGUGCAACAGGUUCAAUUAACAAGAAUAGUAAGCAAGGGAUGUUUCAGUUAUGGAGUUAUCCUCUUAACGAAGGAAGUACCAUGGAGAACAGGGAUUUCAGAAAAUCUUCCGUGGAAACUGGCUUUAAUGUAACCAAUAAUCCCAUAAGGCUCUUUACUCUGAACCACUCACUUGUAACAAGUGCUUCAGUUGAGAAGCAAGUUGGUUCUUACCCUGGACUGCAGAUACCAUCGGUUCUCUGCUGGCCCUAUGCUGAUGGAGACUUUUUGAAGGACAGAAAUGAGCCUUAUAUUAAUUUAUGUUCGACUAUAGAAAACAAUAGUGGUGAAACUUUACCUGCUUUAAAUUGGAACUUGAAAUAUGGAAACAGCAGUGUGGAAGAAAACUUAACAGAUGAAAGUGAUUUAUCAGAAAAUGAAAAAGCAAAUGAUAGUUUGCUCAGCUACUUUAAAAGGAUGGACCUGAACUUAAAGCCAGAAACAAUAGUAAACGUUGAGGAAUCUUUCACAGAGGAACCAAGUGAAGUAUUUCCAUAUCCUGAUUUUCUCCCUUCUCCUUUCAAUACCCUGGACUUGCACAAAUUAGCCCUUUCAAAAUCUGAAAAUUGGAAAGUGACAGUAGAACCUCCAGAAAGCUCUGUUGAACGUCUGAUAACUCGUUUACUAGAAAUGGAAAGAUUGCAACACAUGACUAUCCAAAAAGAGAGGCCCAGACUACAAACUACUUUCUGUACUCUGGCAGCUACUGAACGACCCUCUUCCUCCAAAGCUAUACCCAAAGUGAGACAACCCAAACUUUCAGACCCUUUGAGUCUUCAGACGACUUGUGUAGAUAAAAGUCGUGAAAAAAGAAAAAGCAAUUCUGGAUCUUGCAAGCUUGAACAAAAUGCUUCAAAAUGGAAUUGGAGCAAUGCUGGCAAAUAUAAAUGGAAUUCUAGACCAACAUCUCUAAAAAGUUCAUCCACCACCAAACAAUUGGUUGCAACUUGUGAUGACUUUAGGAAUCUCAAAAGCUCCAUUUUAAAUCCAUGCCAAGAACUCGCAACCAAGCCUACUUCUUCCCAAACAACUCAAUCAUUGGUUAAAAUGGUCUCAACAAGAUGUCUGCCACCGAAGUCUCCAAUACCAGUCUCAUCUAUACCUCUGUCUUUCCCCAAAAAUCAGAGAGAAGAAAUUAAGGUACCAAGGACCAAAAAGAAACUUUAUCAAAAAAACAUAGCACUGAACAGACCAUUCUAUAUUCAGAAGCUAAACUGUUUAUCACCUUGCUUUACAGCUAAGGAUACCAGAAGAAACCCACCAUUACUCCAUUAAAGCACUCCUGAGAUUUAUGUGUACUCUAAAUCCAUCAAUCAAAAGGAAAAAAUUGGGGACAAUAGCCUAUUUCCUUUCUUUACACUUUACUAUGAAAUUUCAUGGACCAACUUCCAUAAAAGUAAACCCUGGUUAAGUCCUUUGUAAUGGGUAAUUAAUAUACUGAGUUGUUCUUCUAAGACAUCGUUUCUAGAAUAAUACAGUGGUAAUCACAUCAUUGGUAAGAAACUUUACGGAUGUACAAAGCAACCUGACUGAUGGACUUACCAGGAUAUUGUCUGGCUUGAUAUCUGCAUGUAGGAUAUUGCAUCUUUUAAGGAGUUUUAAUGCCAAGAACAGCUGCUGACUAUAGGAUCUCACGGCUUUAAUAUGAAGACCAACAUCUUUACCAUAUUUUUUUAACACCUCUCGUAAAUUCAUACUUUUAGGAGAGAAAAGCAACAACACAAAAUUAGGGGUUACAAUGCAAAAUGGAAAUAAAAAAGACAAAAUCAUGUCCAAGCAUAAAGUAAAAUCAAAUCUGCAAUCUGGAUUAUAAUGAAAGUACCUGUUCAAGAACCUCCUCAGAUGUUUAAUAAAUUACUCUACAUUGAAAUUAGAGCACAUGAAUCUGUGUGUAUAUAACACAACUUUCCAGUAAAACUCAAUUUUCAAAAAUAGAAGGGAAGACAUACAAUGGUAAAAUUCCUAUUGAUUUCAGAAUGGUUUACAUCUGAAAGCCCAAAACUAAAGCCAUACUUUUGACAAUCAAAAUUGUAUUUUCCUACUCCACUAUUUCCAUUUCUUUUUAUCAUGGUGUAAAAGUAUUGAACUUUCGGAGAACCUCUGUUGUGCUGAUGGCUACAGGAGAUUAGAGUUUGGCACACGGUAUGCAGUCAAUUAGUGUUUAUACAUUAACUAUUGUCAAGAAACUAGUUCUUAACCAAAAGUAAAAGACAAACCCAGAGCUAACUGGAAAAAUAAAACACACAGAAAAUUUGUCAUCGCAUUUAUCUAAGUGUUUAGUAAUGUACAGAUUUGACAGCUUACCUCAGAGGCUCAAAUACGAGACAGAGAUGCUGCUUGUGAUAAAAGUGUCUGAAGAGUCGCAAACAAUGAAAUUUGUCAUCAGGAU